UCGGCAAGACCCCGGUCUGAGUCUGGGACCGGGGAGACUGGACGGACUACUGCCAAACGAGCCCGUUACGGCAAGUACUGGAGUGUCAUGGGCGGGCGGCCGUCGGGGUGGCUGCAUGCUUGGCGGGAACAAUAGCCGCGAUCGAACUUUUUUCAGCUGGCGUACGCGGAGGGGAACAGCUCGACCACAUCGCAUUCCAUCUCUCGAGGGCGUCAUUGUACUUUGGUGCGCUCCUCCUGUAUAUUAUCCUGGCCAUCUCCAUCCGUUCCUUCCCUUCUGCAGCCGUUCGUUGGCCGAGUAGGAAGUAAUUGCCGCUGUCGAGGCCCCGCUGCGUGUGAAAUAUGUCUGACGCGACCAAGCCUGAGGCUGCCGCCGCGCCCGUCGCGGACGCCAACACCAACGGCCAUGUCGCGCCCGCCGCCGACGACGAGGGAGCCGGCGGCGUCUUCCAGAUCACCGUGAAGCUGCCGCACGCGCCCUUUGAGACGGCCAUGACCAUCAGCACGGCCGAGCAGGUGCAGGACCUGCGGCAGAGCAUCGUCGAGAUGCCGCACACGUUCCAGUACAGCUGCUUCCACCUGGAGCACGCGGGCGCCCGCAUCAACGACUACGUCGAGCUGAGCGAGGUCGAGGGGCUCGCGCCGGGCUCGGAGCUCACGCUGGUCGAGGACGCGUACACGGAGAAGGAGGCGCGCCUGCACGUCAUCCGCGUGCGCGAGCUGAUUGGCGCCGCAGGCGACCGCACCGACGCCCUGCACGGCAUCCUGGCCGGCCUGUCGCUGCACGACACAGUGGGCCCGCCGCCGCAGUCGGGGUCGCCGCAGCAGGACGGCAGUGUGGAGGCCUCGCCGCUGGCCGACUACGACUUCCAGGCCGGCGGCGCGGUGCAGAAGCUGCUGCCGCCCGUCCAGGCGCCCGCGCCCCGCACGAUCCGCUCCAUGGCGGUGUCGCCGUGGAACCCGCCGCCGUACCACCUGCGCUCCAAGGGCCACCUGCUGUACCUGGUCGUCAACACCAACGAGAACGAGCAGCACCACAUCACGGCCCACGUCUCGGGCUUCUACGUCAACAAGUCGUCCAACGCCAGCUUCGACCCGGCCCCGCGCGACGCCCCCAAGGCUCGCCACGCGCACUCGCUGCUGACGCUGCUCGAGGCCCUCUCGCCCUCGUUUGCCGACUCGUUCCAGCAGCUGCUCGACCACAACGCGAAGAAGGAGCUGCUCACCAUCUUCCAGCUGUCCAACGCCAUCCCCGCGAACCCCUGGCUGGUCCCCGCGCCCACCUCUGCCCUCACCACACACCAGCCCGACCUCGCCCGCACGCAGGAGAGCUACCUGAUCUCUGGCGUCGAGAGCACCGAGACGCUGCGCGACUGGAACGAGGAGUUCCAGUCGACGCGUGAGAUGCCCAAGGAGGCCGUCCACGACCGCGUCUUCCGCGAGCGCCUCACCUCGAAGCUCUUUGCCGACUACAACGAUGCCGCCACGCGCGGCGCCAUGCUCGUGGCCCGCGGCGAGAUUGCGCCGCUGAACCCCACGGAAGCCAAGGACGCCCAGAUUUUUGUCUACAACAACAUCUUCUACUCCUUUGGCGCGGACGGUGUCGGUACUUUCGGCACCGAGGGCGGUGACGAGGCUGCUCGCGUGGCUGUGGGCAAGGAUGUUUUUGGUGUGCGCGCUGUCAACAACCUGGAUAUUCCCAACCUCUUCACCUCUGGGACCGUCGUGGUCGACUACCUCGGAAAGCGUAUCGUGGGCCAGAGCAUUGUUCCCGGUAUCUUCAAGCAGCGCGACCCCGGAGAGCACCAGAUCGACUACGGUGCGGUCGAGGGCAAGGAGAUUGUUGCCGACGACAAGUCGUUCAUUCCUCUGUUUGAGCAGCUGUCCAAGGCGCUGCGCGUCAAGAAGCACCCCGUCUGGGACAAGGACAACGUCAGGCACGAGCUGGAAGGCAGUGUUGAGACCAAGGGUCUCAUCGGCACCGACGGCCGCCGCUACGCCCUCGACCUCUACCGCCUGACUCCCCUCGACGUUGCCUGGAUCGAGGCUCACUGGAGCGAGCCGGCCAAGGACGGCGAGGCCAAGUCGUCCGACAAGGACUACCCCCACCGCAUGGCCACUCUCCGCCCGGAGCUCGUCGAGUCAUACGGCCGCCUGAAGCUCCGCGAGUACGUCAAGAACGAGCUGGAGAAGAAGAAGGGCGCCAACAAGGAGGAGACACCGGCAGCGAACAAGGCCGAGAAGGACGAGUCAUCUUCAGAGGAGGAAUCUUCGGAAGAGGAGUCUUCGGAGGAGGACGAGUCAUCCGAGGACGACGAGGGCGAGAAGACUGAGAAGAAAAAGGCCGACAAGAAGGUUGCCAAGAGCGAGAAGAAGGCGGACGGCGGGGCUGAGAAGAAGGCGGACGGCGGGGCUGAGAAGAAGGCGGAAGAGCAGGAUCGCGUCGACAUCUCCGGCUUCAACUUUGCUCUCAACCCUGACGUCUUCUCGGGCCAGAACCCCCAGUCCGAGGAGGACAAGGCCGAGUGGGCCAAGGACGAGGCCGAGGUUCGCGCUGCUUGCGAGCACCUGCAGUCCGAGGUCCUGCCCCGUCUCAUCCAGGAGCUCAAGGACGGCGAGGUUGGCUUCCCCAUGGACGGCCAGUCUCUCAGCGCCCUUCUCCACAAGCGUGGUGUCAACAUCCGCUACCUGGGAAAGAUGGCCGAGCUUGCGGACAAGCCCGACCCUCGACUUCAGGCAUUGAAGCGCCUCGUCGUCCAGGAGAUGAUUGCUCGCGGAUUCAAACACUUGGCCAACUCCAAGCUCCGCACCAUCCCCGCUCCUUUCGCCUCUGCGUGCGUCGCACACCUUCUCAACUGCUUGCUCGGCGCCGAGGCCAAUUCCAAGCCUGUCGCUGAGUCUGACAGCAGCCUCAAGGCUAUCUAUCCUGAGGCUGACUUUAGCUUCGAGCAGCUCACUCCUGAGAGCUUGAAGAAGGAGGUCGUCGCGCAGGUCGCUCUCCGCUACCGCUACAACCUCAACGCCCUUGGCGGCAACUGGGUCGAGACCGGCAAGGAGCUGCAGCUCUUCCGUGAGGUUUCGCUCAAGCUUGGUCUCCAGCUGGAGAGCAAAAAGUACGCCUUCACCAAGGACGCUCUCGAGAGUGCUCCCGCUGCCAAGGCUACUCCUGCUCCCCAGACCAACGGCAACUCGACCUCGGGCAAGAAGAAGAACAAGAGCAAGCAGGCUUCGCCGCCUCGCACCGAGAGCCCGGCUCCUGCUCGCACAGCGCAGACCUUCCACGCCGACGAUGUCCUGAACAUUGUCCCCGUCAUCAAGGAGGCUUCGCCCAAGAGCUUGUUGGCCGAGGAAGCCCUCGAGGCGGGUCGCAUGUCUGUUGCUCAGGACCAGAAGGAGCUCGGCCAGGAGCUGCUCCUCGAGUCUCUGCAGCUGCACGAGCAAAUCUACGGCGUGCUACACCCCGAGGUCGCUCGUGCUUACCACACUUUGUCCAAUCUGCUGUUCAACCUCGAGGACAAGGCCUCGGCUCUCGAGCUGGCCCACAAGGCCGUCAUCGUCUCGGAGCGCACUCUCGGUGUUGACCACGCUGACACCGUUCUCGCCUACCUGAACCUGGGUCUCUUCGAGCACGCCGCGGGUAACACCAAGGGCGCUCUUGUAUAUGUCCGCCACGCGCUUGAGCUGUGGAAGAUCAUCUACGGACCUGACCACCCCGACUCAAUCACCACUCUCAACAACGCUGCCGUCAUGCUGCAGGCGAUGAAGCAGUACCACGAGUCGCGCAUCUGGUUCGAGGCCUCGCUCAAGAUCUGCGAGGAUGUUUCUGGCAAGAACUCGAUCAAUACCGCCACCCUGCUCUUCCAGACUGCUCAGUCGCUCGCCCUUGACAAGGACAUGCGCGGCGCCGUCAACCGCAUGCGCGAGUCGUACAACAUCUUCAAGGACGUGCUCGGUGCCGAGGACCGCAACACCAAGGAGGCCGAGAGCUGGCUCGAGCAGCUCACCCAGAGCGCCGUCAGCCAGCAGAAGCAGCUCAACGACAUUGCUGCCGGCCGCAUCCGCCGCGUCCAGCUUACCGGCAGGAACCCUCUGCGCCCAGCUGCCGCCACACCGACAGUCAGCGAGCACGCCAACACGGUCGGCGGCCCUCAGACCCACCGCGGAACCGGCGGCGUUGACCAGCGCAGCAUCGACGAGCUUCUCAAGUACAUCGAGGGCGAUGCGCAGAAGACACCGACCAAGAAGCGCGGACAGGCCAACCCUCGGAGGAGGGGUGGCAAGAACUAGACGUCUGCCGCACAAAAGUCACAUUUGAACUCGUAACGGCCUUCCCACUGUAACACUAUCGCGUUUUGUUUUAUCGUGAUCAAGGCACUUCGGCACUUGACACUCUGUUGCAUCUGUUGGCUCACUGCGUUUAGCUUUGCAUGACCGGAUCAGGGAGUUGUGCGGUUCAUACCGGCUGGUAAUACUAGCCUCUUCUUGCCAUCUAGAAUAGGGAGGACGGGUAUGACGGCGGCAUGGUGAUGAACUAGAUGUACUCAAUCAACGUCUCCUCUUCAGCCA